UUCUAUACAAUUUUCAUUAAUUUGUCAAUUUUUUUGCGUUUUGCAGUGUACAUCUACAUUAUUAUUUGUUCUCAUAGUUUUUUCCUUUAUUUUUAUCAAUAGUACGGACAAUUGUAUGACAUUUAUUAACUAACCGUUUUGCGUGAAUGUUUAUAACUAAUUGUAUUAUUUAAUUUAACUUAAGCAUAAUUACUCUACCUAGUUGGCAGUAUAAAAUAAGUCRAAUUCCUAGAAUGGACGUGGAAUCAACUGAAAAUCCAGUUAUCAAAAUGUUAUGACAAAUCACGUGAUUACUAUGGAAGAGAAGGCUGAGUUUCAACUUAAAGAAGGAUGUCGUUUAAAAGGCAACUCUUGUUGUGCACUAAAGCAUGCCGUGCGUUCACUUACAAAUCUAGAUGAUUUUGUUAGUGAGCGUAUUGGUGAAGGUUUCUUCUCUGAAGUAUACCGUGUUACUCACCGAAACACUGGAAAAGUAAUGGUACUCAAAAUGAAUAUCAAACAGUCUAAUCGAUUCAAUAUGCUAAAAGAAGUGCAGCUUAUGAACAAGCUUUCACAUCCAAAUAUACUUGGAUUUGAAGGYGCUUGUGUAUAUAAAGGACAACUCCAUGCAUUGACUGAGUAUAUCAAUGGUGGAAGUUUGGAACAAUUAAUUGAGUCUGAUAUUGAACUUUCAUUUAAAGUAAGAAUGAAAAUAAGUCUCGAUAUUGCAAGGGGCAUGAAGUAUCUUCAUUCAAGAGACAUAUUUCAUCGUGAUUUAACAUCAAAAAAUGUUUUAAUUAAAAAAAAUGAAUCAACUGAAGAUCUAACUGCUGUUGUAGCCGAUUUUGGCCUAGCUGCAAAAAUACCAAAGAAAGGRCAAAGGUUACAGCAAGUUGGAUCACCUUGGUGGAUGUCACCAGAAUGUGUCAAAGGCAAUGUAUAUAAUGAAAGCAGUGAUGUUUUUAGUUAUGGAAUUGUGUUAUGUGAAAUAAUUGCCAGAGUGAAAGCAGAUCCAGAUAUUUUACCAAGAACACAAAAUUUUGGACUAGAUUAUAUAGCUUUUGUUGAGUUAUGUUCAUCUUGUCCUCCACCUACUAUGUUUCUUAAAUUAGCAUUUUCUUGCUGCCAUUUGGAUGCUAAAUCACGUCCAACAUUUAAAGAAAUUGUUCAACAGCUAGAAGAAGCAAUUGCUUUUCCACUUACUGUAAAUUCAAAUUUAUCUGGAUCACGAAGAUGUCCAGUUGUUACAACUCGGUCAAAUCCUUGCUCAACAGCGAUGGUAGAAGCACGAAGUGAAGAGUUCCUGCUACAGAAUAAUAGACCUGAAGAAAACAAUCACAAAAAAUUGUGUCAUAGUAGAUCAUUGUCAGAAGAUGAAGGUAUAUUGGCUUUUCCAGCACAUACAGCUCCAUCAGACAAAGCACGAUGUCAUUUUGUUCAACCUCUGCGUUAUGUGGGUGAAAGUAUGUGUCGUCAAGAUCCUCAUUACAAGCCUUGCCCGUCCAAAUCCAAUCCCUUUCAUAAAUUGGAUGCAAAGUUUCAAGGUGUUCGAAAAAUACUUGCUUCAACAAAUGGUUCAGAUUUAUUUUCAUCAUGUUGUGAACUACCGUCACCUGGGUAUGUGGAACUUGAUAGAAGGUGUUCUUUAAGUGUAUCAAGUGGUGGUACACUCAUUGCUGACUCGUCUACACCUAAAGGAAAAUAUAGAAAAAUUGAUAAAUCCUCAAAAAAAUGUCACUCUACAUCUUUACCAUCAUCUCCACUGAUGUCUAGAUCUAGUGGAAGACGGUGGAUGUCAUUAACAAACAUAGAAAAUACUGCUAAAAAAUUUCCUACUGUAACAGUUGAUUUAUGUUGGACCGAUCUCACAAUUCCUGUUAACUCUGGUGUAGCUAAUCUAAAACGGAGAGGCUCAUGUGAAUCUGGCUUCUACAGUAGUGUUUGCGAUGAUUUUUGCUUACCAGGACUUGAGUGCCAGCAUGCAACUAAUGCUUCAUCGGUGACAUUGUCAUCUGGUUCAGCUACAUCAUCAUUGUUCCUUGACUCCACUGGUGAUGAUCAUCAUCUUAGACCUGGCGGCUAUUGUUUUCUACACAAUAAUACACAUCAUAGUUCAGAUGAUCUAUCAACGUGUAAUGAAUGGGAAAACCAUCAAAAGACUAGACAUAUAAGUAAAAUUGUUGAGUAUUUUGAAGAAAAACAGAGUCAACGAGAGACACAAUCCUCCAUACGACCAAGGCGUUCAGGUCUUGUAUCUGGAGUUUUACGACGUGCAACAAACACUACUAGUCCAAAUGUCUGUGGCAAACGUAUUUUGGUUUGUGAAGGAGCUGUAAGGUCAAAACUAAAGCUUUUUGAUAGAAAAUAAAAUUUCUAUUCAGGGUGCUACUUACCAUUAAAUUUUUUUUAUUAUUAUAUUUUUUUUUAUGAUUGGUUGUUAUCCAAAAUUGUUUCAUCUAGUCAUAGGUUCUACAAAAUGCCAAAACAGUAUAAUGUAUAUUAAAACCAUUACAAUAUUUAUUUACAAUAGUUGCCAUUUGUUUCUUAUUUUUUGGUAAGCAUGAGAGGGUUUAAAUGUGUAUAGAAGUUAUAUGUGUAAUUUUUUGUU